UCUUCCAUGUCUUUUCAGAAAUGGAGGAGAAGGUGAAGAACAUGAUCAAGCUCAUCGAAGUGGACGCCGACUCCUUCGGCAAAAAGGCAGAGAUGUAUUACCAGAAAAGACCUGAAUUGAUUCAAUAUGUCGAAGAGACAUAUCGAGCUUAUAAAGCUCUGGCAGAUCGAUAUGAUCGAAUUUCAGGCGAUCUGCACAAGGCCAACCACAACCUUGCAUCAGCUUUCCCCGGUCAGUUCGGGAUGCAUGACGAUGAUGAUGAAGAUGACUCCCCAAGAGAAUUCACCACGAUAGAUACCAGUAAGCACAACAAGACACUGCGGAUCAGCUCAAGAAACGAGAGGAGAGAUGGAGUUUCUACUCUGAACAAGAAUUGUAAGAAGGUUAGGCCAGGCAUCACGAAAAAGAAUGCGCAGGAUGAAAUAGAUAGGCUGCAGAAAGAAAUCCUCAUUCUCCAGACAGAGAAAGAAUUCAUCGGGAGUUCCAAUGAGAGCGGUCUGGCCAAGUUUUGGGAGAUUGAAAAUCAGAUCACUGCUUUGCAAGAUGAGGCAUACACAUUGCAAAAGGAUUUAGGUGUAAGUUCUAUGAUUGCAGAGGACGAGGCCCGCGCUUUGAUGGCCGCCGCUGCAAUCACGUCGUGUGAAGAAAGCUUGGUCAGCUUGCAGGAACAACAGAAGAAAUCGAGCGAAGAAGCGAACAUAGAAUCUAAGAGAAUUAGGGAAGCGAGAAACAAACUACUGGCUCUCAAGGGAGAGAAUUGCUUGCCAGACAUGGAGGAGGAGAUGUUUGGUAAAGAAACAAGCAAGACAGACAAUGAUGUGUUUCUCCUUGGAAAUGAGGGACUGGACCCGUACUCCAUGUGUCUGCAGGUGAAGCAACACUUCCAGAUUAACUCUCACACAUCAGAUGUUGACCUUGUGGAACAGAUUCAUGAACUUGUUGAGAAAGUCAUUAGAUUGGAGGUAACAAUCUCAUCACAAAGAGCGCAGAUAAAGAGCUUGAGGUUGGAGACUGAUGAGCUUCAUAGGCAAAUUCGAGAAUUGGAGGAAAAUAAAGCUAAUUUGAUGAUUGAUUCCGAAGGUUUGAAUGUUAGAAUAAGGCAGGCAGAUGUCGAGCUUCUUAGAAUUCAGAAUCUUGAGAAAAACAUGCAUGAUGAGGAAGGGGUCCUUCAAACUCACUUUGCAGUGGCAUUUAACAGUCUUAACAACAUUUCAGAAAAAUUACAGUCUAGCAGUCGUAGUUCAACUAAAAAUAUACAAAAUUUGGAGAAUAAUAAAGAAGUUGAAGAGGAAAAUAACUCCAGGGAUGAAGGAGGUGAUGCAGCUCAAAAGAAUGAAGUCUUUGUGAAGGAGCAGGUUGAGCCUCAUGCUGAUUUACAUUCUGAUGAGGCUUUUUCUCAAAUAUUUGAUUCUUUGGAGGAAUCAAAAGCAGAACAACUUGAUGGAAGGGCCUCAUCAUUAGUAGAGGAUAAUGAGCUUAAGGAUGAAGAAGUUAUUCAUGGGGCGCAGAAGUUGCUUUAUAAUGAACCAGAAGACAAGCAUAAAAUGCUACUCUAUGAGUACACAACGAUUCUUCGAAAUUACAAAGAGACAAAGAAGACACUAAGAGAAAUGGAGAAGAAGAACAAAGAGCACCACUUUGAGAUGAUGACAGAGAUUCAGGAGUUGAAGCGUAUGAAUGUUGUAAAAGAUCAGGAAAUAAGAGCUCUAAGGAAAAAACUAUUCUCUCACACUCCUAAUGGUGUGGCAUGUUCUCGGAAAGGAAAUAAAAUGCAAAAUAAAGAGGAGAAUGGAAGCUUCAUUAAUGUAAUUACAACCAAAUCAGAUUCUCCAGUUGGCAUCAAUGGAUCUGAAGAGGAAGUCCAGCUAUGCCAUUCAAAUCAGCAGCAUACAACUUCACCUAUAGAGGAAAAGUUCAAAGUUGAGCUUAACGCUCUUCUUGAUGAAAACCUGGACUUCUGGCUAAGAUUCAGUACAUCUUAUCAUCAAAUACAAAAGUUUGAAACAUCCUUCAAGGAGCUGCAAGCUGACCUGAAGAAGCUCAAGGGUUCUAAUAAAGAAGGUAGAUCAGUUUCUGCGUCCCCAAUGCAUAUAUUAAAAGAAGACAAGCCAUUUGAUAAGAAACUGAGGGAGUUUCAUACUGAGCUCCAGAUUUGGUUAGAGCAGAAUGAAUUACUGAAAGGAGAGCUUCAACUAAAGUACCAAACUCUCUGCAACAUCCGUAAAGAGAUUUCAAAGGCUUCAAGGGACUCCGAAAAUGAGGAAUCCAAGCUAACUCCUUACCAAUUUGCAAGUUUCCAGGGUGAGCUUCACAGCAUGCAGCAGGAGAACAACAAAAUUACAAAGGAGUUACAAACUGGUUUGGAUCAUGUGAAAGCAAUUCAAUCUGAGAUUGUGAAGGCUCUCUCAAUAAUGAAGGAAAGCUUUGAUCUUUUGGGCUCAAAGGAACAAAAUGCUAGACACUUCGACACAAAAUCUAAGGUUCCAUUGAGAACAUUUUUGUUUGGAGAAAGGCGAAAGAAGCCAUCCUUCUUCUUAUGCAUAAGCCCAACACCAAACAGGCAUCAUGGUCACACAAAUUUUGGGUCCCCUUGAUCAGCAGAGAUGGAUUGGUGGUAAUGGCUUGGGGUAUGGAGUGAACCAGGAUGGAAAAGGAGCAAAAAAGAGCUGAACAGAGCAAAUUAGGAGCUCACACAACUAGCUCCUAUGCGCCAGCUCUCUGUACACCAAACCUAGAAGGCAACACACAGGAGUCAGUUCUGGGUGCCAAUGCAUGCCAGUUUUUCUGCAGUUGCUCAACUGCAAAUUUGGAGUUAUUUUUGGCAGUUUAAGGCCACUCAGAUGAGGAUUUAACACAAGGGGGCAGAGGAGAAAUGAGAGGACGAUCUGGAAAGUGCUGGGAGAAGCCAAGGAAGACGUAGAGAAGAUUAGAGUUUGUAUUUUUACCAUCUCUCUUGAGUGAUUGGUGAGGAUCUUGAGAGAAGAUUGUAAAGGAGAAGCAUUACA